GAGAAAGACUCGGAGCUCCCAACGGUGGAGCUCGUAAGCUCGCAGGACGUCCAGAGGAGGGAGAAAGCGGACAUCGAGGAGAUCUCCAGAGCUGUAAAGCUCCUGGAUCGAGUCUUCAGAAGAUCGAAGGGCAAGUCCGGUCAAUGUGGUGUUGUGGCCGAGCUCGACAACCAGCAGACCCUGAUGAGCUGGGCCAACGCAUCACACAUCAUGCCACAGCCGCAUCAAUGUCACCAGCGACUGUCCACAAACUGCACCCUGAGCUUUCGGCAGAUGCAGUGCCCAUCAGAGUGUCCAUUCAUGUCUCCGGACUUGCACUUUCCGUGUAUGUUCAGCUGCCGUGCCGCCCACCGCUGCUCGGGGAGCAACGUGGACACACCCUUCCCGGACAAAGACUACCUCCUUUGCUCGAGUUGCUCCGUGGUAGGCUGCAAAUACUGCACCGCUCCCGCGCACUGCGCUGAGUGUCACGAGGGCUUUACCUUGCAGGGUGGGAGGUGCGUGUUCGCACUGACUUCUGGUGGAUGGGCAACCAUGGUCAUGGCAGUGCUGGUCCUGCUGAUCCUCCUGCUGAUCCUCUUGGCCAUCUGCUACUGCUGCGUUGGCUCAAAGAACGAGAAUUGGCAGGACAAUCAGCGAUCCAUCGAAGCUGGACGAAGUCACCGGCGGCUCUCAAAGGUGCAUCGCUGGGACCUCUUUGGAAAGACACCUCGAAGGAGAUAUCCGCUCUCAGUGCCGACUUCCUCAGAGAACAUCUUGGGGAUGGGACUGGGCCUCUACUACAACGGCAUUCGUUUUAUCUUCGCUGUCGCAGUGCUCACGCUCUUUGCCUCCUGGAUUGUUUCUGAUUCCAUCGGCCUUCGUUACGUGCUGCAAAGCUCCGAGACGAGCAGUUCGGAGAAGCUUCUCCAGGCCCUGCAGCAGACGGAGGCGAAGGAGGCCAUGAUUCCGGCUGUGCUUGUCUCGCCCAUGAUGACUUGCGAAGACACGACACCCGCGGUCAUCGCCGAGCAGCUGCAAACCUAUGCCGCGACACGUGCGAAGGUGUUGGGAGUGCUGUACCUGGUGCUCUUCUCUUACUCGCUGUACUUCGUGCACAGCCAGAAGAUCUUUGCGAGAAGUUUCGACAAAGAGAGCACGAGCAUGUGCGACUUCUGCGUGCUUCUUCAAGGCCUUCCGCCGGAGUGCACAGACGAGGUGGAGUUGAAGAGGUGGGCAGAGAAAAUGCUCAAACAGUCGAAGAUCGAGAGCCAGGUCGAAGGCGUGAGCAUCUGCUACGACUUCGGAGGCGAUCAGCAGCAGAAAAAGGACGUCUAUGACAUGCUCGAGAGGUUCUGUAGCGCAACGGAGAUCGAGCUGAAAGUCAAAGGCGGCAUGCUCGGGGAAGACGACCAUUUGGAUGCCAUGAAGGAGACUCUUGAGAAGCUCAAGAAGCAGGUCUCUGAAGAUCGCAGCAAGGCACUUGCGUGGUUCGACGGAGAGAAAAAGCUCAAGGGCACUGGCCACUGCCUCAUGGGAAAGGUUGGAUUUGCACUGCGAGUGCCAGCGUCCUUGCCCUCGGCUGCAGACUGGACGGGCCUCGCUUCACACAUGGUUUCGCACGCUUCUGGCCAAGACUACGUAAAGGUCGGAGUGAGCGAGUUCGUGCGAAAGCCUUCGAUGUCGUCCGCAGGCUGUAGAGCUCAGUCUCUAGACGUCGAAAAGAGCAUCUGUCUGCGUUUUGGGAUAGAUACCAGCGGCCGGGGACUGGCUUUGUCACAAGGUCAGGCGUUCUUGAUCCUGACGAAGUCCAGCGGCAAGGAGCGGCGAAAAUGA